AUGGCUUCUCUAGCGAAUCCGGAUUGGAUUCCAAUUAUAUACCCAAUUCGCCCAGGAUUUCCUAAAAACCCUCAUGCCUUACACGAAGAAAGGAGGGCAUUACCGGCCGUUUUCAACACCCGGGACGAGGAGCUUCACAGGAGAAUUAAAUCACCGAUAGCACCGCUUUUUUCCUUGUCAAAUGUCCUCCGUCUCGAGGAGUUUGUUGACGAGGCUAUUCGGGUAAUGAUUCAACAGCUAGAUGAACGUUUUGCAGAGACUGGAAAAUCUUUCGACCUGACCGACUGGUUGCAGUAUUUCGCCUUUGACGUGAUGGGAACCUUGACAUUCUCAAAGAGAUACGGAUUUCUUGAACAAGGAGGAGACGUGCAUGAAAUGUUGGCUACCAUCUGGAAUUAUAUGAAGACAGCCGCACCGAUGACACAGAUCCCAUGGUUUGAUGACAUUUGGUAUAAAAACUCGUUUACGGCCAUGUUUCGCAGAACUACUGGCUUCUCUAUCCUCAGCAUUGUCGGCAAAUUCAUUGCCGAAAGAACUGAAGCACUUGAAUCCAACCGGAAAGGUGAAAUUGACCUGGGUGGUCGGGAUAUGCUGUCGCAGUUCUUCGAGAUCCAAGCUAAUGAUACGUCCCUUCCAAAGUGGUGUGUUACUGCCUGGACGUUUUCCAAUGUCAUUGCAGGAUCGGAUUCCACGGCCGUUGUCCUGCGAACCUUGUGGCAUAACCUCCUUUCUCAUCCGGAGACGUUGCAUUGCCUUCGAGAGGAGCUCCGGGACGCAGAGGCAAAUAACCCCAAAGGGUUCUCGAAACCUUUCCCGUCGUGGAGGGACAUUGCAGAUCUUCCCUAUCUAGAUGCUUGUAUCAACGAAGCAGUGCGGCUGCAUCCUCCCUUCUGCCUCCCAUUUGAACGAGUAGUCCCAAAAGGUGGGAUAAUGAUUGACGAGACGUACAUACCAGAAGGUACCGUUGUCGGAAUGAGCCCGUAUGUGAUCAACCGCCACAAGCCCACCUUUGGAGAGGAUGCCGACCUUUGGAACCCAUCCCGAUGGAUGGUUCCCCUGAAACACAGACGAAAACUAGAAGCCAGCGUCCUGACCUUUGGGGCCGGAAGGCGUGUUUGCCUUGGUCGUCAGAUUGCGUUGCUAGAGAUGAAGAAGAUCGUCCCCGUGCUGGCGCUUCGAUAUAAGUUUGACAUUCUGGAUCCGCGGAGGUAUAAAGUGGAGAAUGCUUGGUUUUUCCGACAAUACGGACUUGAUGUUAGGAUCAAUCGGUAUGAAAAGAAUAUGUCGACGGAUGGCCCCCAGUGA